AGUAGAACAAUAUUUUUAUUAAUUAUAAUCGUACUCCUCAUAAUUAUUCCCACAACAUCCAAUACAACUCGAUGAUUAUCGCCGAUAUCUGCGGGUCAGGAAUGAGGAAUCAUCUUCAAGAUAGAAGGAGCCGAGUUUUGGGGGGUAUAAAAGGAAGAGCAUCGAGCAUCGCACAGAACACAGAACGCACCGGCAGUUGGCUGUGUCGUACCACGGUGUAUUGUGUGUCUGUCAUGUAAUUGUAAUCUGUCGUGACCGUACCGUAAUCGAGUAUUUAUGGCGUACAGCAGCCAGUCUUCAAUUUUCCCUUGAACCUCGAUCGUUUAUUACUUUAUUUUCCGUACUUAUCUAAAAUCGUGAUGUACCUUCCGCGCGAUUGUUUCAGUGCAUUGUAUAAUUUAAUGAUUCAAACGUAUACUUCGUGGAACGUUUUACCUUUAUUGCUUAUCAAGCACCGGCUUAUUUAUCAACACCAAUUAUCGUUUAGUAAUUAUUUUGUAGCGAAAAGUCGUAUUUAAUUUAUUUAUUUAAUUAACAUAUCCAUUUGUGAUCGUAAUUGUAUUUAUAUCUUAAAUUAAGGAAUAUACGUGCGCGAAAAUAUAAUAUUUAAGAAAGUGGAUAAACGAAUAGCGUAUUAGGAAUUUUAAUUGAGAAUAAAAAUUUGUCUCUGCAAUUAAUGCAUCCUGCAAGAAGCAACAUGUUCUUCGUUUGUGUUACCGUCGGCCUUGUGUUACUGGCCUCCAAGUACCGCAAAAAUGUCUUUCAAAGCGUCAAACAGCUUUGUCAAAGUAUAAAGACUAAGAGCAGUUCUAAGCAGAACGAUAAUAGAAAGAAGGAUUUUAAAAUUACAUUGGAUAAAAUUAUUUUGGCUGAUACACCAGAGAAAUGUGAUUACGCCAUUCAACGUAUUCGCUGCAAUUUAUCGGAUAAUGUACUGGGAUUUGAUUGCGAGUGGGCUAACGAAGGACCCGUAUCCUUGCUUCAACUUGCUACGUUCAAUGGAGUGUGUGGUCUCUUUCGCAUUAAUAAAAUCGGAUACAUCCCACAAAAUCUAAAGGAACUGUUGGCCAGUAAACAAAUUCUUAAAGUUGGAGUUGCUUCGUACGAAGAUGGACAGAAAAUAAUAGCGGAUCAUGGAUGCAAUGUUUGCAGCACGCUCGAUCUGAGAACUUUGGCACAACGUGCAAAUUUGCCUUGUCCAAAAAGCUUAGCUGCAAUGAGCUUACAAUAUUUAAGUUUGGAAAUGGAUAAAUUAAUUGAAGUGAGAUGUAGCGACUGGGACGCUGGCACUCUUGCUGACGAACAAGUAGCGUACGCUGCUUGCGAUGCGAUUGCGUCUGUUCUUAUUUAUGACCAGAUCGUGCAAAGGAUGAAAGAAAAAUAUUCUCUAUGGCAAAACUUGAUAGAUUAUAUAAAAAGUCUAUGUAAUAGAAAGUUAAAUACGCAGUUCCACAACUUGCCUAAUGGUAUAAUCGAUACAAGGUUCAGGGCUCAGCCAACAAACACAAUUGUUAAUCAGAAGAAUAUGAAGAAUAGUAACAUCGACAAGAUUAGAAAUAUGAAAGAUUUGAAUAUGAAUAAUACCGUCGGACACAAAAGUAACAUACCUACGAGAAAUAAACCGUUGUACCAUAAUUGUUAUUUGCAAGCCCCGGACGGGGAGAUAUUGUGUACAUGCGAUCGGAAGAAAGCUGAAUGGUAUAUAAGCAAACAAUUGGGAGAAGUGAUUGAAAAGGAACCAUUUACCGUGAGAUUGAAGUUCGAGCCAUCAGGACGUGCCUUGGGUGAAGUUGGACAAUACUAUACCCAAGUAAAAGUCAAUCAGUGUGUAGUUUGUGGAACAUCGGACAACUUUAUUAGAAAGAACGUUGUGCCUCGAGAGUACCGGAAAUAUUUCCCCCUGGUGAUGAAAGCUCAUCAGUCGCACGACAUACUAUUGUUGUGCCCAACUUGCCAUGAAAUCAGCAAUUGCCAUGAUCUGCAGCUCAGAAGAAAGUUGGCAGACAUGUGCGAUGCACCGCUGGCUGGCCCAUUGACUCACGUACGUAACAAAUAUGUACACAACUGGAGGAAACUACACUCGGCAGUCAAAGCUCUAAGAGAGAGUUCAACUUUGCCCGACGCACGACGUAAGGAAUUAGAAGAGUACAUCUUAGAAUGUACGAACAAGCAACAAGUUACACCGGUUUUACUAGAUUUAUUGAAUAACGAAUUAAAAAAUGCUAUGGCUUCGGGACCAAACUGUGAUCAAUCCAAGUGUCAGUCUCACGGUUUAAAGGUGGUCCAAUACUUUCAAAGAAAAGAAGCAGGAUUAGUUGAAUUGGAGCGUAUGUGGAGGGAACAUUUUCUUUUGACUAUGAAGCCAAAGUAUCUACCGAACUUAUGGUCUGUUCGUCAUAAUCAAGAAAGGCUAAGUAUUCGACAGUCUCAAAACAGAAUUGAACCACAAGAUGCAAAGGUAGCUGGUUUGGCAUAUUGAAUUUUAAACAUUAUGUACAUAAAGGACUCGUAAAAGAGCGAGUACUUGGAUUAAAAGACUGUCUUAUAAAUUUGUAUCACACCUCAUGUGCAUAUAUUUAAAUGUAUAUACAUAUAUUAUUUAUAUAUGUACAUAUACACAGACAUACACGAGAUUCGACAGUGGUUUUAUUUCCUCCUCCUUCGUUGUAUAUCAAAAUGUAUCGCGAGUUAUUUACAAGAAAUAUAGACUGAAAUGA